AUGUACUGGCCGCUCAAUGUUCCCAGGGUGUAUACCUCCAAGCUGCCCCAGCACGCACUCGAUGAUUUCGCUAGAGAGACAGUACCGGCUUCUCCUCUCGCGUUUACUGCGAAUACUCCAAGAACCCCAGCAAAUCCUAGCCAGGACGACGAUAUCGGAGAACCAUAUGUAGGCGAUACGCUAAAUCCUCUGGAAACCGUUCCCGAAAUUCCAGAUCUGGAACCGAAAGAAGAUGCUAAAGCCAGGAGAGAAGAGCCAAUCGAGGAAGUUGAUGAAGAAGCCGAUGAAGAGGCAGUGCUGGUUGAGAGAUAUGAGAAGUCUUCGGUCGAGGAUUGGGAAGAUAGACAUGCCGACCCGUCCAAGCUCCCAAACCGCGAUGUCCUUGCCAUCAAGAUAUCACGUAGUGGGUCUCUCUUCGCUACAAUAAGCUCAGCCGAAUUGGUGAUAUGGCAAACACGACCUACUGCCGUUGUCGCCCAAGUCCUACGUUCUGCAUCAUCUCUUAAGCUUUAUGGGCAGAAUGUCGACGUCAUGAUCCGUCCGGACUCGCAAGUCUUCGUAGUUCAAACGACAGAGGGAUAUCUUAUAACAUACAUUCUACAAUCUGACCCUUCGAGCAAAGUCUACCGUCCAUCGUUUCCGACUAAAUCUCAUGCCCAUAAUGCCAUAGGGAAUCAUUCGAAUCUAGUAAAUGGUGCCACGGACGGUGGCGGGAUAAAGGAGUAUCUAAUACGGUUCCGUAUGGUCAUCAAAAUUGAUGCCGGGAUAUCCAGAGCAUUGGCCUGGGACGACGAAUUGAUAGUAGCUACUUUACGCCCUCCAGCUAUACAAUGCAUCCGUUGGACGCCAGAUACCGCGUCUGGGCAGCAAACAAGUACAGAGCUGCUUAGCAGAAUGAAUUGGAUACAGGGCAAGAAGGUCACGAUUAGUGAAAUGGUCCAUGAUCGCCCCAUGAACUUAAGCACAUGGGUAACGAGCGAUGGACGGGCAUAUGCAGUCCAGAGACUACCAUACACAGAAGCAGAGUCAACGGGCCGUUUAUUUAAAGGAUAUUGCUUCCAUAGCCCACAAACAGAAAAUCUAAUGGCGACGAAAGCUUCAAUAAACGCACGAUUUUCACUAAUUGCUGUUGCAACUACAGGCGGCAACCUAUAUGUCUAUAACGCCCGUGACUAUGUCGGAAACAUCCCACUAUCGCAUACAAUUAUCCCUCCAGCAUCAAAAUGGUCGUCCGGGAAAUUGAUGUUCCUUGCGUGGUCGCCGGACGGAUAUGCGCUAUUCGCCGGGUUUGAGAGCGGGUGGGCCCUUUGGACAACAUACGGAAAAUUAAUAGGAAGUACCUUUUCCGCGGACAAUGUGGAGAAGGAAAGGUUCAAUGACGCCUACUUGGAUGGUCUUUGCGAUGGUGCAUGGCUCCCUGGUGGGGUAGAGAUUGCUCUGGUUAGUGGGAAACGGAUGUCUGACGAAAGUAUACGGAAAAGUGAGAACAUCUACAUUCUAGAGCUAGCUCGGAGCUCAGUGACCGGAAUGUUCAAUGCACAAAAUAUCGCAAGGACAGUACUUCAAACACCUUCAAAGUUGCUGGUGUAUCGCGGCUAUGACCAGUCGGAUCUUCAAACAUUGUCAACGGAGCAAACCUUAUGGUACCAUGUACCAAUCCCUCCCACUUACCUUGUUGACAACUAUCCAAUCCGGCAAGUUUCGAUAUCCCCCGAUGGCAGGUAUUUAGCUAUCGCUGGGCGAAGAGGGUUGGCUCAUUAUUCAAUACAUUCGGGACGGUGGAAAACGUUUUUGAACGAGUCCAUGGAAAGCGACUUCGUUGUUCGGGGUGGUAUGUGUUGGUAUCAUCAUAUCCUCGUCGCCGCUGUCGAAUCAGACGAUAUGUACGAGCUGAGGUUAUACUCGAGAGAAUUGCAACUCGACAAUACUCUGAUUUUGCAUGCGGAGACUCUUCCAAGCCCCGUUGUUCUAAUAACUUUGACUGGUGAAGACGGGUUACUGGCGUAUACGCAUGACAAUGCGCUGUAUCACUUCAUUUUCACGACGACAAAGGACACGGUAAUGUUAAGACUGGUCGGCCAAAUUACAUUCCAUGGGAUAGUACGGGCGCCUGCAAGGGUCCGUUCUAUAAGUUGGAUACUCCCAGAGGAGCAGCUAAGAGAAGGCGACCCAUCGAGAGACGUUGCAUUGGCCACGGUAUUAUUUUUGGUUGACGGAAAAUUGGUGGUCUUGCAGCCCUCGACGACAGAAGGUGGCGAGUUGAAGUACGAAAUGAGAGUACUGUUCCAGAACGUAGAGUAUUACAUACUCAUGAGAGAUCUCCCGGCCACUCAGAGGCAGUACAUAUUACCACCAGAGGAAUUAAACGGAUUCCCUGAGCAGGAUCUGAAUGAUUCGCUAUGGGUCUUCGAGGGACAAGAUUUGCGGGUUUGGAUGGACGUGAAGGACCUUUUGGCGGGUUCAGUGGAAUCCAAAGAGUUACCACCAGCUGUGAAAGUUCCCGUUGAUUUCUACCCGCUUUCGAUUCUAUUGUCUAAAGGCAUAAUUAGUGGCGUUGAGGUUGAGAUUGUCGAAAGGAGAGAUGUUACCUUUUCAUUUUUCAGGCUAGGAUCGAGGACGCAUCUCUUUUUCAAUUAUUUGCUUCGUCACCAUCUUCAAAACCGGAACGAAGCUGCUGCCAUCGGUCUUGCAAGGCAAUAUGAAGGAGUGUCGUACUUCGAACAUGCACUCGAAAUACUCCUGCACGAUGUGUUGGAUGAUGAAGCCGACACACAACCAGAACAAGAGGUUGCUGUCCUUCCUCUAGUUGUACGCUUCUUAUCAAAUUUCCCAGAAUAUCUCAACGUCAUUGUGCAGUGUACAAGGAAAACAGAAGUGGCAUCGUGGUCACAUUUGUUCUCUGUGGUGGGCUCACCUCAAGUGCUAUUUGAAGAAUCUUUAUCUCGAGGCUUGCUUAAAACUGCCGGAGGCUAUCUGCUGAUCCUUCAUACGAUGGAGAAACUGUCGUCAUCCUCUCAAGAUAUGGUACGGCUAUUCUCAAGAGCCGUUGCGGAAGAAGAUUGGGACCUUUGCAAAGAACUUGCCAGGUUCCUUACUGCGCUUGAUAAUAGCGGCAAGACGCUUAAGGAAGCCCUAGAACUCGUAGAGUUAAGAAGCCCGGGUGGCGAUGAAGAAAAAAGUUUUAUGUUUGAGAGCGCAAGGCGGUUGGAGCUACCAACGGCCUCGGGCGGUAGCAGUCGGGAUAAUUUAAGUCCAAUCAGUGCGUCGUCGAGGGGUGGGAGUCCGGGUGGAGGGAGCUACCUCGAUGUGCCUUGA